UCGCAACCCACCUCCCAGGAUGAGGCUGAGUAGACGGACAGCCCCACUGGUGGAAGUGUAUGGAGCUGCAGGAAUGAUGGUCUGCCCUGGGAGGCGCGGAUGACAUGACGCCUGCUUUCUACAACGCCUGUCUCAGCCCAUCGACCUUCUUCCUCACGGGCAUUCCUCAGCUGGAAGCGGUCCACGCGUGGCUCUCCCUCCCCUUUGGCUCCCUGUACAUCAUGGCCGUGCUUGGGAACUGCACCAUCCUCUUCCUCAUCAAGGCGGAGCCUGGCCUCCACCAGCCCAUGUACCUCUUCCUUUCCAUGCUGGCCGUCACUGAUUUGGUGCUCUCCUCCUCCACCCUGCCCAAGCUGCUGGCCAUCUUCUGGUUCGACCACAAGGAGAUAGGCUUCCACUCAUGCCUCCUCCAGAUGUUCGUCAUCCACUCGUUCGCCACAGUUGAAUCGGGGAUCUUCCUUGCUAUGGCUUAUGACCGUUAUGUGGCGAUAUGUGCCCCCUUGAGACACAGGGCCAUCUUAACCCAUUCGGCUGUGGUCAAGAUUGGGGCGACAGCUCUCCUGCGGGGCUUCCUCUAUAUCUCUCCCCUUCCUUUGCUUGCGAGGAGACUGACUCGCUACCACACCAACAUCAUUGCACACUCUUAUUGUGAGCACAUGGCUGUGGCCAUGCUCUCCUGCGAGGACACCUCCAUCAGCAACAUCUAUGGCAUGGUAAUUGGCUUCCUGAUCCUCAUCAUCGACUCCCUGGGCAUCGGGGUGUCUUACGUCCUGAUCCUCCGGGCAGUGAUGAAUUUGGACACAGCAGAGGCUCGACUCAAAUCUUUUAGCACUUGCAGCUCCCACAUUUGUGCCAUCUUAGCCUUCUACGUCCCCAUAGCAGUCUCCUCCCUGAUCCACAGGUUUGGCCACCAGGUGUCUCCUCCAGCUCACAUUCUUCUGGCCAACUUCUAUCUCAUCUUUCCCCCUGUUUUGAAUCCCAUUGUUUACACUGCCCGGAGCAAAGAAAUGCAGAGGAAAUUAGCCAACACGCUCUCCUGGGCCCGGAGACAAGCCAGACGCCUCUUGUAA